AGUUUACAAAAGUGUUAUAUAAAGGACGUUUAAAUAAAGAAGCUAAGAGCGUAGUGGAAAACAGAGCGAAAAUCCACACUUCAAAUAAUUUUCGGAAUCGUUGCAGCUUUUGAACAAACGCGCAGCAUUUCAGGUAUCCAAGAAGAUUAACAUGAGCUACUACGAUCAUCAGCAACAACCACCAGUUGGUGUUCCUCCUCCACAGGGGUAUCCAUCGAAGGACGCUUACCCUCCACCAGGGUACCCUGCACAAGGGUAUCCUCCAGCAGGGUACCCUCCACAAGGGUAUCCUCAACAAGGCUAUCCUCAACAAUACCCUCCGCAAUAUGCUCAGCAACCUCAACAGAGGCAGGAAACUGGUUUUCUUGAAGGAUGUAUGGCUGCACUCUGCUGCUGUUGUCUACUAGAGGCUUGCUUCUGAGUUCUGAUUUCUGAAAGGGACGUUGCUGGUGGCCCAAUAGAGUCAAAGUCAUUCUGAGAGGCAGCAUCCUAGGAAUUUUAUCAAGGGCUUAGAUUUUAAUUCAGAUAGUGUCUUCUUUGAAAAUUUUUAACAUGGUGGAUAUUCUUGCGGUGUAUAUGAAUAUCCGCAUAUGAACUUGGUCAAUUCAUGGGUUGAUAUUUUUCUCUGAAUUUUAACUGAUUGAAUUUAGCCAUUUAGGCAGCUUGCUUCUUCAUGCUUAUAUCAUGUACUAAUUACUAUCAACUCGUUUGAAUGCAAACUAAAUAGUAAAUAGCAUUUGCUAUCA